AUGGACAAAAAUAUUAAGAAAAAAAACCAUGUGAAUGGCAAAUAUAAGAAAAAUGGGAAGUCAGAAAGCUAUAGAACUGACGAUGAUGUCAUUACUACUUGCUGCCUCUGCGUUAAGACUAAAAAGAGUAAGAAAAAGAGUUUCAUAGCUGGCUGUGUGACAAAUUUGGGUAUCUUCACAUUACUCUUAGCCUACACUUUACUAGGAGCCUUUAUAUUCCUAGCAAUUGAAGGUGGGGCAGCCAAAGUUCACCAGAAAACUCUAGCCACUACGUCAUACCAAGCGAGUGAAAAUCAAAAAUUAGUGCCGCUGUCCAAAUUAAAUGGUACUAUCAGUCAAGCCAGUGCAGAAUUAAGAUCACAAACUGUGGAAAGUAUUUGGGAGAUUACAGUUUCGUUGAACAUUCUGUAUAAGGAGAAUUGGACAAGGUUGGCAGCUCAAGAAAUUGCGAGGUUUCAGGAGAAGUUAGUAGCAAGAGUUGCGGCCGAUGUCUCAGCGCAGUACGGCGGUGCAAGAGCGUUGGAAUCAGCACCCGCGUUGGUAGUUGACGAUUAUGAAUGGAACUUUGCAAAGGCGUUUUUAUACUCACUGACUGUCUUAACGACUAUUGGUUAUGGAAGCGUGGCACCUCGAACAGCUUUAGGGAAAGCGGUCACAAUUGGGUAUGCAGUCAUAGGUAUACCUCUAACACUUCUUUACCUAUCCGUAGUUGGUGCUUUACUAUCAAGAUUAGCGAGAAGCGUGUUUAGUAGAGCUUUGUGCUGUUGCUUAUGCACAAAAUGCGGAUAUUGCUGCCUUGAUGAGAGAACUAUGACAAGUAAAGAAAGGAAAGAAAAAGUAAGAAGGCAGGACGAUUAUAGACACCAGACUCUUCAUCUACAGGAACCGUAUUACGUAAGGUCGCCAUCAGGGACAAUAAUAUCAGCCUCUCAAGCUCACAGUGUUAGCACGAAUUCCAUCAAAGACAAGACUCAAGGUCUCAGCUUUUUAAGAGACUGCGAUUCUAUGAGUUGCACUGACACAGAUUCUAAAGUGUCUCUGCGAGGGUUAUCGAUUCUAGCUCCUAUAUCUUUAUGUUUGGCUGCUAUCUUUACUUAUAUUUUCUUUGGAGCACUAGUUUUGUAUCAGCUGGAAGGCUGGAGUCCUAUAGAUGGAGUUUAUUUCUGCUUUAUGAGUCUCAGCACAAUUGGUUUUGGUCAUUUAGCUCCAGGAGCAACUCAGAAGAAUGGUGCGUCUUCAGGUACCGUUUGGUUUUGUUCAAUAUACAUUAUGACUGGACUUGCUCUCACUGCCAUGUGUUUUAAUGUUCUGCAUGAUGAGAUCGUUCACAGAUUAAGACAUCACGAGAAAGUUUUAAAAGCAACUAAUCAGAAGGUUCUUACGUCGGAGUUUUUACAUAGAUCUUGA